CAAGCUAUGGAUACUCGGGAGAUAUUCGUAGCUGCGGCUCGUAAAUGUUUGUCUGCCGGAAGGAAAUCUGUCUCGGUCCCUCAAAGCCUGGACAUCGCUGCUCAACUCUCAGCUGUUGAUUUUGCUCUGAAGCCUUCUCUGCUGUAUGACACCAACAGUGCCAGUGUCGAGCAGGUGCAUCAGUAUUUGCGCUUGUGUCAGUCAUCCCAGCUUGUGUCUGAAUCACUCGUCACACUGGACUUGAACGGUAGCAGCCUCAUUGUUAAUCCACUUGUAGUCUGCUCCAUUCUUGAGCGAGUGCUUCAAAAUGGCGGCCCAGCAGUGAUUGAUGUCUCUCACUCACUAGAGAAGCCCACCAUUGCUGAUCCAGUCACAGGAAGGCUGAAGAGCAUUGCGCAAGAUCUCCUUUUUCUCCUUGGAGGGUUUGAUGCAGCAGAUGACAAAGGUGUUUAUGUGGCAGAGCGGUCCGAUGAGUGGAACCUGAGUGCUGUCUUUGGACUCUUACUGGGCUACCCCAUCACCUACUGGUUCAAUCAAACGGAGAGCUUUGACAACUGCCUCUCUAUGACCCCUCUGAUGGUGACCACUGCACACGCAACAUGGCAGGCAGGCUCCACCAGGGACAAAUGUUGCCUGUACUCGUUCAGCAUCCCUGCCGUCCUGCAGAAUGAGACACAGUCCUAUCUGGAGGACUGGAAGCUUGGUCUUCAAGAGAGAUUCCAGCAGCAAAAUGUCCUCAAAGAUCUGGAUGUUUGUCAGUCAGCAGUCACUCUACCUUCAGUCUGUUUGUGACUCCACUGUAUGUUGAAUUCAUGACUUCAUUAAACUGU